ACAGGCUGUGGUUGCUGACUGAGACAGAAUUUCUGGAAUCACUAGCAGUGUCCUUUGUAUGUCAGCUCACAUGAUCUAGGCAGGUAGAAAGCCCCAGAAAGGAUGUUGAACAAAGAGUAGGUUUAAACCUACAGAAGACCGAGGAUGUCUAGGAAGAGACCCUGUAAGAGUCGGUAGGAACGUGAAGAGAGAUCCAGAGAGGGGCAUCAGGAUCAUUAAACGCAGCCCAUGGGGUCCCGCCAUGUCCCUGCACGCACCGUGCUUUUUGAGAAGGAGAAAAACGGAGUGACAUACCGGGUGCCGGCCCUGCUGUACAUCCCACGCUGGCGCACCCUGUUGGCCUUUGCAGAGGAGCGGUUAAGCGCAGAUGAUUCCCAUGCCAACUUGCUUGUCCUUCGUCGUGGAAUUUUCUACCGCAACUACGUGGAGUGGGAGGACAUGCACGUGGUGGAAAGAGCUUCCCUGCCCGGCCAUCGUUCCAUGAAUCCUUGUCCAGUCUAUGAUGACAACACUGGGCAAUUGUUCCUCUUCUUUAUCGCAGUCCUAGGCAGGACCACAGAAUCCUAUCAGAGAAAUACUGGGCAGAAUGCGGCUCGGCUUUGUUAUGUGACAAGCUUAGAUCAGGGCAAGAGUUGGACUGAAGUCACAGACUUAACCCACCAGGUCAUUGGGGAGUCAUUGAAAGAGUGGGCCACAUUUGCCUUGGGACCAGGUCAUGGUAUUCAGCUGAGAAAUGGACGAUUAAUUAUUCCUGCUUAUACAUAUCAUAUUGAGCAGAGAUAUUGUUUUGGGAGCUUCUGCCAGACUACUGCACGUGCUUUUGCAUUCCACAGCGAUGAUCAUGGCCAAAGCUGGAAGUUAGGAGACCUCAUACCAAACUUACAGACUGUGGAGUGCCAGAUGGUAUCAGUGAAUGAGGCUGAUGGCAACAAUAUUCUGUACUGCAAUGCCCGAAGCUCCCUAGGAUUCCGAGUGCAAGCUCUAAGCAAUGAUGAUGGUGAUGUAUUUGAGCCAGGUCAGCUGAUUGAAAAGUUGGUGGAGACCCCUACGGGGUGUCAUGGAAGUAUCGUUGGUUUUCCAGCUCCACUGCACAAUCUUUAUAGUCCAUGUCCUGACAAUCACUUAACCAUACAACCAAUGUGCCAGAAAGUCCACACUGAAGUGUCAGAACAAAAGAAUCAGCACAAGACAAAGGAUGAAGUUAAACAUAACUAUCAGUCCAACAGCAAGUUGCAUCACUGGAAAUUCAUAACAGAAGACCAUCGAGGACUAAAGGAAACGUUCUACAAGACUGUGCCGGGUGUGCGGAAUCCUACAUGGGUGCUCUACUCCCAUCCAACAAGUGCCAGAUCACGUGUGAACCUUGGUGUAUAUCUCACCUCAUAUCCCAGAGAUGCAGACAGCUGGACGGGUCCCUGGGUAAUUUACGAGGGUCCCAGUGCCUAUUCAGACCUUGCAUAUCUCGGGCCCCCAUCUGGUGAAGAAAGUGCUAAGGAGUCCUUAUCAGUUGUUAUUUUUGCAUGUCUAUAUGAAAACGGUCUGAUUUCCCCAUAUGAACAGAUUUCAUUCAGUAUCUUCACCCUGUAUGAGGUAAUUCGGAAUUUAACACCAAACUCAGCGAUCCUUCACCAGACCAAGAUGAAGAACAGAAUAAAGGAGAACUGUACAGCGUUUUAAUAUCUAUAAAGAAAGCAACAUAAUUCUAUGCAACUGAGCUACUAGAACCAUAGAAUCAAGGGAAUGCUGUAUAUUAUCACGCAAUAUCAAUCCGCUAUACAUAUUUACAAAAGUUGCAAUCAGCAACAAUCAGUAUGGCUACUCAUUAAAAAGGGAAGGUAGCUUUGAGUAUUUGUGAGCAUGAUGAGCAGUAGAAAGGCCAGCCUCCAGAGACAUUGCUAACAAAAAUGUGGAGGUUGACAGAGAAUGGCUUGGUCACAUCUCAUAUGAUCAUUUCUAUACUCAAUUCUAUCCUCCGUCCCCUAACACCGGUGACUUUCUGACUUUAGAUACUUCUAUGUAUUCUGAAGCAUCAUAUAUGUAGUGACAGAGUACAUGGAAGAGUAUAAAAAAAAAGGUUCUAAAAAGUAAAUUAGCUGAUGGUUCUUCUUAAUUCUCACAUGAGCAGGGCUGGCUUUAGUCUAAGGCAGAUGGGGCAUCGGCCUCAGCAAGCCCUCCAGUUUUUAUACUGGAAAAACAUCU